AAUUACACUUUUUAAAAAUAAAUUUAUUUUAUAAGGGAAAUAUCAAUUUUGUAAAUACCCAAAAUUAUUAAUUUUGUUAUUAAAAUCAAUGGUACCAACCAUACUGACCGAUGAAAUAAUUUCGUACGCAGUCGGUGAAUUUAUUUACAACUUCUAUUUUGCAACUAGUUUGACAAUAUAGAAACAAAUUUAAUGAACUUCUCUUGUUAAAUCUUAUAUACAGCCAAUGUGUGAAAGUUUAAGGAUUUAAUAUUCAGUACUGGAAUGUUAUGGUAACAGACCCAUUCGACCUAUAGUUACUAUAUAACAAAAUAUGGUUAUGCGUGUCGCUUGAACAUAAUACAGUAGUAAUGUGUGAACAGAGUGAAGUUAAUUAUUUGGAUGGAGAUAUAGUAUGGGUAAAGUUAGGAUCUUGCUGGUGGCCAGGUGAGGUGGUCGGUACAGAGAAACUGCCACCGGACCUCCUACCAUCAUUUCGAAAGCCACCUAUUGCUGUUGUCAAGUUUUUUCAAGAAGAUUCUUAUGAAUAUGUGAAAAACCUUAAUUCAAUAUUCAAAUACAACUGCAGUAGAAAAAAUGAAUUCAUUAAUAAAGGGCUAUAUAUGUAUAGAACAAAACAUGGUCUCAUGGAGAAAUUCCCUGAGGAUGUUAUCAGGGCGGAAACUGCUGUGGGUGGUGAUAUAACGAUAUUAACUAGAGAUGAAUUCCAAGAAACAAAGAAAGAAAGCUAUGCGGGGCUUUUCGGUGAUCCCGCAAAGAAAAAUACCCCCAUCCACAAGAAAGGUAAAGGUGGAAGAGGACGGCCGCCUGACACAGCUAAGUUAUCAACACCAAUGAAAAAGUUCAAGGAAAAGACAAACUAUAAAGUACACAUAUUAUUACAAGGAUCAAAAACUCCCAGCCAAAAUAAUGAGACAUUAUCAACACCCUCUACUAGCAGGGCCGGAUCGGAACCCACAGAGAUGUCACCUGAAAAAUCCAUUGAAAAGAGUGAAAAUCAAAGUGAAUCUGAGGAAGCUGAUAAAACACCUCAACCAGCCUCAUUUAGUACUCCAACAAUGUCUAGUUCGGGACUGUAUGUAUGUCAUGCGUGUCAGUUUUCAACACAACGCCUUAAUGUACUGAUUCUACAUAACAAAACACAUAGUGUAUCAUUUACACCAUACUCACCAUCACCAGUCAAAAAGAAACCGCUCAGUAAAAUUAAAUCAACGCCUGUUACGUCUAAAACUCCUAAAGAACGCAAGCGUAGAACGGAGAAGUCCGAAAAGAAAGAAAGAAAGACGCAGAGCAAUAAGCGUUCAGCUGAAACAGAGACUAUAUCGGAAGUGAAGAAACCUAAAACGGAUGAAGAAAUUAAAAGCAGUCUUUUAGCGGACUGGGAUGAUGGUGAUGAAGAGUCAGCUGAUGAGUCCUCGACUAUAGUAACGGCCGGUUCCCCGGAAGUGCCUAUGGCGGCAGAAUCGCCAGCAGUGCCAACGCCAGCAGAACUGCCAAACAAUCAGGAUACUGUCGAGGAUAAAAAAGAUUCACCAACUCAAAAGCCGGAAUCAUCCAGCGAUUCCAAAUACGAAUUCUGUGAAGACGAAGAUUGGCCGAUUGAAACAGAUAUUGGAAGGAAAAUACCUCGCGUCAAGAGCUCGUCGAAACGUAACGGCGAUAAGAAAAGUGUGAGCAUCGAUGAAGAAGAAAUGGCCAGGGAGGUGGCUGAGCUGCUCAACAAAACUGCGCUUCCGGAGCUGCCGUCGGCACCGGAACCCUUGAAAGUCGAGGAAAAUUUUCCGGAGGGCUCGAUAGCGAAAUCUCCAGAUAAAAAGACCGAUAAAUCACAAGAUCAAAGUUCUCCGGAAAAAAAAAUACAAAAUGACAACCAACCACCUAAAACAAUAUUCAAAACGAAAACUUUUUUUCGAAGUCGACACUCUAGAAGCCAGGAUGCAAUAGGAAAAUAUGUUGCGGAACAAUUAAACGCAGCAGAAAGAAUGGAUCUCUCUGAGAGUGAAUUAAACGGGUCCGAAGUGGCGUCGUCCCCAGAAAUAAGGGAAUCGCCUCAACAGAUAAAGGUUGCACGUUUAGCGCCAAAGAUACAAUUCAAGAAAAGCAAAGCGGAAGCUGCACAACAAAAGGAAAUGGAAAAACAUAAGACGGAAAAGAUUGACGAAGAAUCUACGAAUGCUAUUAAGGAUGUAGAUAUUCAUGAAGAUACGACUCAUAUAGAAGACAAAGAUAAAGAUGAUAACUUACUGAGUGAUAUAAGCAUAUCAACCGACGAAAAAUUGUAUAAAAAUAAACUAAAGCAUAACUUAAAAGACAGCACAAAUGAUGUUUUAAAUGAUGAAGAAAAUUUUGAUUCCCCUAAUCAUUCUGAUUCACCGUCAAAAAAUGUGAUUCCGAAGAAAGAGGACAGUUCAAAAAUAUUAAGUUUUUCAGAAAAAUCAUUUGAGCCCUAUAUGAAUGAGUCGACAGCAUCGGCCGUUGAUGCGUUACUGAGCGUGUCGAGAGAAGCUGAUCGUGUUACUAAAGUUAUAAGUGACGAUCCUCCCGAGGAUUUGUUUGAAGACGACGUAAAAGACAGCAUAUCCGUUAACAUUAAUGGUUUCAGCGACAGUGACCACAACAAUAUAACACAGAAUGAAGAUAACAUCGAAAAAACAAAUGUUUCGACUGAAAAAUUGGUGGAUAACGAAGUAUCUGAUGCAAAAGUGUGUGAUGAACAAGAGGAAAAACUUUCACAAAAUAGUAUAAAUGAUAAUACUUCUGUGAAAGCUCAUAAAGACAUGGAAGACAUAGCAGAAGUCGUGGAUACGACUAAACUUGAUGUAGUUAAUUCUAAAUUGAUCUCAAUUGAACCGGACAAUAAUUUUCCCGUAGAAAGUAUCCCUUCUGAAUCUGAUUUGCAAGUAGCAGAAGCUCUCAUUAAUUUACCUACGACGACAUUAAAUAACAAACUGCCCGACGGCCACACAAACGAAACAAGUGUAAAAGAAGAUAAAGAAACUACUAAUAUCACUAAUGACGUACCUUUACAAAGCAGUCAAAAUUUCUCCUUAGAAGAAGAACCAGACAUCACACCAAUCCAAACAAAAAUUAUGGUUAGUCCAAACAAAGAAAUUAAUUCACGAUAUGAAACAGAACAAGAGAAAAGUGAAAAUUUAAACGCAGCGAAGUCUUUAGUACAAAUGUCGGAAUCCAUAGACCAUAAAAUUAAAAUGUCUGAAAAUAAGUCACCAAAGGAAAAACUUAGUAUUUCACAACGAAAAGAUGACUUAUGUAAUGAAAGUUCCAUUGAAGUAACCCAAAAGCUAAGUGUGUCUACCAAUGACUUCAGCAAUGAAUCUAAGACACAUUGCGUCUCACCAGAUUUACAUUUACAUUCACCGAAAUUGUUGAAAAUUCUGGAAGAACCGGGUUUGCCUAAGAUAGCUGCUAGAAGAACUGUUACAAAACAAAUUAUUGUACCUCGCAAAGAGAAAAUUUUAAAUGUUGAAGCUGGAAAAUCGCCUUUAAAGCCAAAAACGCAAUCACCCAAACAAAAAAUCAUUAUUCGUAGGACAACACCAAGUAAAAACUUGCUAAACAAUAUUGGUGAAAUAACAACACCUGAUAAAAUAAUUUUAUCCCGAACAAAUAAGUCGUCACAAGAUGGUUCGUCUGUACAAACCUAUACAAUUCAAACCUCUCCCGACAUAUCGCCCACAAGCGAUCCUAAUACUAUCAUAAUUCAGCCAAAACUUCGUCAAGUUGUGAAACCAGUGUCUAAAUUACAAAAAAUUAAAUCUCAACCCCAAACAAUAAUUGCCCCUAGUAAAGAGAGUAAAAUUACACAAAACAUGAAAAGUAAGGAUGACUCUGUAUUUGAUAUUAAUUCUAUGCCAAUCGUGUUGACACCAGAGAGUAUUGAGAAAAUGCCCAUCGUUAUGUCCGAUGGAAAUAUCAUUACAAACUCUAGUAAUCCACCAAAACUAGUAAAGACCAAACAAACUAUAGCAGACAGUGGAAAGAUGUCGCCUGGGCCUAUCAAAGAAAUAAAACCCAUGAUAAUGAGUAACGAAGUAAGUAAAGCUACUACACCUAAUAUUCUCUCUAAAUCACAAAAAUUACGAGGAACAAAACCAAUGCUUGUGAUAGAUAAGACUACAGGCAAACAAAAAAUUAUAAUGACGAAGACAGAACAAUCGAAAGAAGUUAAACAGCAAGCGACAUUAAUACAAUCAGCACCUCAGAAUUCGCAGAAAGCGGAAAAGUUCAUAAUUUUACCAUCACAGAAUUCUCCUCGCUCUGGAAGGACGCAAAAAAUUGUUAUCGAUCCUCAAACCGGUAAGGCGCAUGUUCUUGUAGGAAAAUCAGAAUCGCAAUUAAGUACAGCUGAAAGUAAUAAACCGGUUUCAGCGAAACUGAUACCAUCGCCAUCAGAUUCUAACACCCCCGGUAAUACCGUUAUGAUAAUUACGAACGCCCAAGGAGGACAAUCUAGAAUAGUCCUCACACCCGAACAUGAAAAAAUAUUGUUCCCAAACAAGCAACAGCCAGCGAUGUCUCAACUUAAGCCUGUAACGCAUCGUAUCACAUCAGGUUCGGGAACUGUACAAAAAACUAUAGUUUCCACAGCUACUGGAUCUACGAAAACUCAAACGCGAAUCGUCCCUAAACAAAAGAGUGCUAUAAUUACGUCCAAGGGUCAACUAAUAGUGGGUGGCCGUGUGGCGACUACUACUCAAAACAUUGCACCAUUACCUGAAAUUAGACCAGCUCCAAAACGAAUAUUGGCCUCGGAGCCCAAGAGAUUAGUCCAAACAAUACAAAAAAAUUCCUCGGAACCAUUAAUAUUCUUACGCCAGAAUUCCAGCGCUGUGAUGCAACUUACUGUAGCCCAAUUUGAACAUCUCCAAAGAACCGGUCAAAUAAUACAGAAAGCCCCCACGCCUGUUCAAGAGAAUAAAAUAGUUGUCCAGAAGUCAAUUACCAUUUCUCCAAAAGAACCAGUGUCCUCGAUACAAAAGCAAAGAGUCAGAAAACAGACAAACGAGUCUCCGGCCCCUAUGAAAAAAAUAAAACAUGAAAUAGCGAUAGCACCUGCACCCGCGCCUGUGACUAUGCCAGCUCUAACACCAAUCGCACCACCACAAGUACCGAACGUUUCGAGUACUACUACCAAUAUGUCAACCUCUAACUACUCAGAUUUAGAAAACCUAGAAGAACUUCUGCCAUCAACGGCAAUAGUUAGACAUUCGGAACCGACACUAAUACAGCCUCAGUCUGAACUCAAUCAGCCUCCACCUGCCGCGCUCUCUGAUGGACAACUGCUGGCAGUACCUGGAGAACACUUCGGAGGUCCGACGGGUUCAUUUUACCUAUGUGUAGAAGAUAAUGGUAAUUUCACCGCGAUAGACAAUCGUCCUUUAAUACUUGAAAACAAUCAGUUAGUGCCGAUGCCCGAUCCCUUGCCGGUGCCAGUCGCUCACCCCGAACGUAGGGACAUUUUAGAGGCCGCGCUGGCUAAUAGUGAUGUUUUUCACGGUGAAACAACGCGUGACGAGGCUCCAGAUUUUAGAGAUUUAAAUGCGAACGUUUCGGUUCACUGUCGAGUCUCAGAAACCAGCACAACACUCAACCAGCCCAUCAUGACGCCGGUCGAAGUGCCUUCAAAAGUCGACAGUGAACCAACAACGGUCCCGUCUAACUUGGAGGAUGGAUUGGCCGUGAUAGGUGUCACACCACACACCGUGCCGACCUCCCUCGAGCUGCCGAUAACUGUAACAGAUCCAAGGAUAGCACCUAAAACAACCGAUCCGCUUAGCAACAAUAAUUACGGAACAUCCUUACUACCUUCUCCGAACACCGAAUUGACGUUUUCCACAACAGAAGACGCUGAUAUAUCCAUGGUCGGUCCAAUAUCGAUGCCAAUUCUCACAGAUGAUGAUAACGUUGGGGGGAAGUCCAUGCCGAUUCUGACGGAUGAGGUUACGGAACGAACAGUAUCCUCAGUGGACUCUACGAUCGGAUCUCCUUCAUCCAUAGAUGUAAGGGAAUCUGAGAACGAGGACAGCAGUCAGUGGCCACGACGACUCCUCACUCCGUGUUCAGACACGUCAGAAACGUCAUCAGAAAUACCCUUACAACCCGUCAUGCAACUAUCAGUUAAUGAUCUGUCCCACGACGGCUAAAAUCCUAUUUUUAUCACGAAAACAUUAUUUUCAAAUUUCUUAUAAUUUUUUCUUUAUUAUUAUAACAAUGAAUAUUUAAUUGGAGUAAAGUGUACGUCAUGUUAUCUAUCGCAGUAUGUGUUCCUGCAACGUGUUUGCAUAACCGUACAGAAAAUUUUGGACAUUUUCUUUGUUAUUCUAUAUCCCAUAUUUUGUUUAUAAAUUUCAUCACCCUUUAGAAAUGUGAAGCGUGUUCAUACUUUCUUGCCUAAAAGUUAACUUCAUGUAUCAAUCGCAUACCACCUUUUCGUUAAGAAAGUUUUUUUUUAUCUCUUCUGAAAAUAUUUUCUGACGACCUUUUUAAUAUAUUGAAUUAUAAAUCUUCCAAGCCUACGGAAUUGUUCAGGUGAGAGAUUUGUGCACUGCUUUUCCAAGUGACUGAAUAAUAUAUAUAUAUAUAUAUAUUAUCAAAAUAUUUUUUGGGGCCCCGUUCUAUCGAGAAUUUUAUUUUAUUUUCACUUAUAAUAAAAGAAAAUGUUAUGAAUUCAAGUUCUUCUAGUUUUUUAUAUGAUCAUAACUUCUCAGGUCUGUGCUUCUUACUUUAUUAUUCUUAGCUCGUUUCGUCUUAUUAGGCCCGAAUACGAAAUCGAUUUAUUCAAUAACUCCGAAAUUCCAAGAAAAUCUAUUUGACUCCAAUGAAAUUGUCUCAUUAAUUAUCAUUUUUUUUUUUUUAUAUAUUUAUUAGUAGAAUUUUCCUAAUCGAUUUUUAAAAUGUGCAAUAGGUUAAGUUUUAAACUUUAUUUUCCUGGUUUUAUCGUACAAGCUUCGUACGAAUAUUUAUGUGGAUGUCGUUACAAUGUAAUUACAGUUGAUAAACUUAAGUUAAAAUGGCGGGCGUUGUGAACGUGCGUCUGACUGUACAUAUUGAUGUUAAGGGAACUAAAUUUUAUGAUUUCUAAAACUUAAGUGACAUACAGGCGAAUAUUGUGUGGAUACACACGGCCAUUAGAGAAAUUAGGUUUGUAAAUUGAAAUUGAAUUAUGUAUUGUUGGAUCCCAUGUGUAAUAUAUUAAAGUUUAGGUAUAUUAUAAUAUUUUUAUAAUGUUUAGCAAUUUUUUGAAUAAAGUAAAUAUAGGUAAAUGUGUGCUAUUAUAACAGCAUUUUUUGUUUAAACUUGUCUUGGUAAUGUUAAGAUAAAUGCUGAAUACUGUAAUGUAGAGGUAAUGUUAAGUACAAUAUUUGUUGAAUUAAAUUAUAUGUCAAAAGCACAUAAGUUUCGUUUGAGUGAUCUUUAACAGAAUUUAGAUCGAUAUCAAAAUGGGAGUCUUUAGAAUAUACUUCUAUGUAAUUAAGGUUUUAAUAAAUAAACUUUAUUCAAGA